ACUAUAACCUAUAAACAACAAACCGUUAAUCUGUUAAUUAUUGUAUUCUGUUAAUAAGGUUAAUUGAUUUUGGUUUUGUUUAUUUUUAUUCUAAUAAAUAAUUCUAUAUAAAUAGUAAUAUAUUGGAAGAAAAAACAAAAAAAGACGAGGUAUUAUUAUAUUGAUACAUGAUUGGAUAAGGCAUUGGAGUAUAUGGUAAUUAUAUACUACUUUUGUCAAGUUUUCAGUCUCUUCAAUUUCGAACUCUUCGUUAUGGGGAAAAAUCUAGGAGAAUUUGUUCGGUAAUUUACUAAUAUUCAAUACGAUUUUAUUCAAUUUUAUCCUCUGAGCGUCUUUGAGUAUGCUUGUCAAUAUUUUAGAAUAACCACAUACCAACAUGUAUUUAUUUCAAAGGAAUGUGUUUAAAUAUAUCUUCGGUAGAUACUAAUUAUUUAUCUUCCUUAUCGAAAUAAAUAUGCAAUCGUUAUGAUUGAAAUUAAAUUGAAUUGAAUUGAUAAUUGAUUAUACACUUGAGGUGAUAUUUUAUAAAUAAUUGUGUACGCGAAAUUUAUGAAGAAAAGGAUACGAUGUCAGGAUUAUACGAACAAAUCAAACUUUUAUAUAAUCAGUCGUUAUAUUCCAAUGUUAUUUCUCUUGCAAAUCUGGUUUUAUCCCUUAGUGAACAUAAUUCUGAACUUUUGCCAGUGCAUGGGAAGUUUCAUGUUUAUGUUUAUUAUGCAGAUGCUCACUUUUAUUUAGGAAAAUAUAGAAAAGCAGAAGCAUUAUAUAAAAAAGCAUUACAAUUUCGGAAGUGCCUUUUAAAAUCUAAAUGUACUAAUAAACCAUUACAAGAUGGUCAAAAAGAUUUACCAUCAGAUAUAGAUAUAAAAUUUCAAAUUCACUUAUGUUUAAUCAAGUUGAAAAAUUCACAGGAAGCGCUUCAAGUUCUUCAAAGUAUCCCUGGUAAACAAAGAACUGCUAAGAUUAAUAUGGCAUUAGCAAAAAUGUUUCAUGAACAAGGAAUGGAACGAUCUGCUAUUACCACUUAUAAAGAAGUGUUAAGAGAAUGUCCUUUAGCCUUAGAAGCUGCUGAAGGAUUAUUAUCUUUGGGAAUAAAAGGAAUAGAAGUUAAUUCUCUUAUAGUUGGAUGUGCAGCAAAUUUAUCUAAUUUAGAUUGGUUAAAUACCUGGAUUAAGGCACAUGCUCAAAUUCAUAAUAGAGAAUAUACUCAUGCUGUAGUAACAUUGAGAUCCUUGGAUACUAUUAAUUUACUAAGAGACAAUUUUAAUUUAUUAACAACCAUGGGUGAAUGUUAUUAUUACGCAGGUGACGAUAAAAAUGCUCUGUUAUGUCUAAGAAGAGCCAGGCUUAUUGAACCAGAUGUAAUGACAGGUGUUGACAUUUAUGCUGCUGUUUUAUAUAAAACACAUCACAUAAAAGAAUUAGAAAGAUUGAUUUCUGUGAUAACUACAAAUAGUGAAAAUAUAGGUGAAAUAUAUGUAGCCAUGGCUUAUUCUUUAUAUGCAUCAAAAAAGUAUAAUAGAGCUAAUACGUUAACAGCGCAAGCAUUAAAUUUAAAUCCUAAUGAUAUCGAAGCAACAAUCUUAAGAGGAAAUAUCCUUAUUGAACAAAAAAAAUAUCAAGAUGCAUUAUUUUUCUUUAGACAUGCUGUACAAUUAAAACCAUAUCGUUAUGAACCGCACAAAGGUUUGAUUGAUUGUCUAGUCGGUAUGCAUAGAUUAAGAGAAGCUUUAAAUAUUGCAAGUGGUUCUUGUAAACAGCUUGGUCAUACUCCUAGAGUAUUGACAUUAUAUGCUUCAGUACUAAUGAAAGAUCCUGUAUCAGUUGGAAAAGCUAAAAAUCUUUUGGAAAAAGCAUUAUCGCAAGACGAAGUUUAUUUACCAACUGUAUACUUAUUAGCUGAAAUAUAUGAACAAGAAAUGAAUUUAGAAGCUGCAAUCGAAUUACUUGAAAGACAAGUUGAAAUACAACCUACUUGUAAGUUGCAUCAAAUGUUAGGUGAUCUCUGGGCAAGGGUACACAAUGAAGAGAAAGCUUUAGAUCAAUAUGCUAUUGCUUUAAAUUUAGAUCCAAGUAAUAGAAGAGCGUUAGAAGGAAUGCAUAGACUUGAUAACACUUCAAGUAAAUUAGAUUCAACAUAUUAUAUGACUGUAGGAGAGGAACAAGCAGAUACAACGUAUGAUGUUGGAGAUGGUUUACCAGAUACUGAUAUUGAUGAAGCUCCUGAUGAAAGUGAAACUGAAGCUGUUUGGUCUGAUAUGGAUCUUGAAGCUAAUAGCCAAUAGUAAUAUAAUUAAACCAUGCAAAAUGGACAAAUUUUUAUAUAUAAUAAUUAUGUAAAACACCAUAGAUCUAUUAAUACUUCUAAAUCAUGAGAACUUUCAUCAUAUAAUGUUCUAUAUUAUUCCAUAUUUAUUAUAGAACAAAUUAAGAUUAAGGAAUAGAUUAUUUGUUUAAAUUAGACUCCUUAUCUAUUUGGAAAUGUUAUUUAGAUAAUACCUUGUAUUUAGAAAACAGUAUAAUUAAAUUUAUUAACAAUUACUAAAUAUAACUCGCAAUCUGUAAUACGAAAUGUGAUUACUUCAAAUCAUUUUAUUAAAACAAUUUCUAAUUUUAAUUUCUAUUUUUAAUUAUUGAUAAUGUAAAAAAAAAAAAUAAGUAUCGCGUAUAUAUACACAAAAUUAUAAUAAUGUAAUAAUAAUAUAAACAUUGAUUUUAAAACUACACACGAACAAAUCUUACAUACAUUUAACAAAAUAUGAAAUACUUUCAUAUUUGAAAAAGAUGGAGUAAAAUUGUGUUGCUGUUGAAGACUGCAUUUCUAUUUGUCCCAUUUUAAACUGUAAUCGGUGUAACCAUCGUAAAAGUACCGCGUUUGAUUCUCGUCUGAUUGAAACAAAAUGUUCAGACAUUCUACUUGGUGGAAAAUCACGACAGUUUUGUAAUCGUACUUGUAAAUGCCCUGUUUUUAUUAGAUUGUUCCACUACCUGAGCAUGAUGAGAAAAUAAAAUGGGACUCCAAAGAGGCAAUAGUUUACUUAAUACAAUGGAACCACAUUCUAAAAGAGCUUCCAAAAGACUCAGAAAAUGUAGAUUCACCAUUUCUGCAAGCUAAACAUUAUAAUUGACAAUUAUAUUAUCUUAAUGAUGAUUCAAUAAAUAUUAAUAACACUUACUAUCUUUGAACAAGAAACCAGUUGAAGAAUA